AUUUCACAAAUGGGGCAACUGAAAACCGUCGUGGCCUCGCAAGCCGAACGCAUAAAACAACUGGAACAACAGAUUGAAGAGAUGGAUAGAGAGCUGUGCGCAUCGCGUGAAGCUCACGAUCUACUUGAGUUCCAAGUUUUGGAAAAGGAAGAAGACAGCAAAUGCUUGGUAGGAGUCCUGUACAUUUUACUCUGUUUUUUGAAAUAA